UUUUCUAUUACAACGCCAUUGCUGGAAAACGGUCGACGCCGUAUGUCACGACAAACGCCACAUAAAUAGCUAGCAAACAUUACAAUUGUUUGAGUUGACGAAACAAACCUAGUGUUUUUUUCAUUAUAUUCAUAAAGGCAGGCAACGUUAUGAGCAUAUUUAUAUUUGGCGAGAGAAUGUUUAUCGUUUUGGAAAUAUUUUGGAGACGGUGAAAGUUGUCUUUAUUUUGCUAUUCUUGUUCGGCGGAACCGAGGUGGCUGUAGCUAGCUUGCUGACAACCGAAGUAGACCGCAGUGUUAAAUUGUAUAUAUAUUGCUAAACAAUUCGCAAAUAUGUCAGAAUCUGGCCACAGUCAACCUGGAAUGUAUGGACCAGGGCGCCGGAGAAGGCGACGCCGUGGUGACCGGGAAGUUGGACCUCCAGGCCAGAAUCUAUCCGGUCCUAGUCGUGAUCGCGAAUACCAACCGAAGGAACGAAGGGACGGGAGUGAGGACCCACUAGGUCUUCUCAUUCAGAAGACCCCCAUCAUUCUGGCAAAGCCCCCAGGGGAGAGGGCCAAGCCAUCACAGAGUACACCCGGCAGCGGAGCUCCGGUUCUUGAGAAGCCAAUCAUGUUAAUGAAAGCUCGGGACGACGGAGUCAAACCGGCAACUCCUCCAGAAGCGACACCUCAGCCUUCAGGGCCUGGGCCUUCUAAAGCGGAGCGGGAAGGCCAGCGACCCACGCAGCCUGUUUACCAGAUUCAAAACCGAGGAAUGAGUGCUUCUGCAUCGAGCAGCGCCGUGGAUCCCUUGGUUGGCCAGUCUAAACUCCUCCCACCAGAGAAGAUGAAGCACAGCAUCAGACUGGUGGAUGAACAAAUGAACUGGUGUGACAGCGCCAUGGAAUACCUGCGGGAUCAAACAGAUAUGCUUGUGGUGGGAGUCAUUGGUCUGCAGGGAACUGGGAAAUCAACAGUCAUGUCACUGCUAUCAGCCAACACCCCUGAAGAAGACCAAAGGAGUUAUGUAUUUCGAGUCCAGACCCAAGAGAUGAAGGAACGCGGUGGAAACCAGAGCACAGGGAUCGACUUCUUCAUCACUCAGGAGAGGGUCAUCUUCUUGGACACGCAGCCAAUGCUCAGCCCCUCCAUUUUGGACCACCUUAUCAACAACGACCGCAAGUUGCCCCCGGAAUACAACCUCCCUUAUACUUAUGUGGAGAUGCAGUCUCUUCAGAUAGCCGCUUUCCUGUUUACAGUGUGCCAUGUGGUCAUUGUGGUCCAAGACUGGUUCACCGAUAUAAACCUCUACAGGUUUCUUCAGACGGCUGAGAUGCUUAAACCUUCCACUCCAUCUGCAAGCCAUGACAGCACAGGCUCUUCCAGCAAUGAUGACGGCGCAGAAUACUACCCACACAUAGUGUUCCUUCAGAAUAAAAGCAGGCGGGAGGACUUCUGUCCAAGGAAUCUGAAGGAUAUGCACAUGGUGGUGGACAAAUUAAUGGCUCAUUCUCAUCUCAAAUACAAAGGUUCCUUGUCCAUGCUGGACUGCAAUGUGUUUCCCGGUCUGGGCCAGAACUAUCUGACAACAGAAGUCAACAUGUUCCUGCUUCCCAUGCAGGACGGCGAUGGCGAUGAUGGUCUCACCAAAGCAGGGUCCACCAUGACGUAUCCGCUGUUCUCCUUGCUCCCGGGGUACAAAGGCCACCCUACCUUCUCUACUAUGGUGUCCAAGCUGCGCAGCCAAAUACUAGCCAUGCCGCGCUGUCAGCUGUCACACACCAUCCUUACUGAGAAGAACUGGUUUCACUAUGCGGCUCGGAUCUGGGAUGGCGUCAAAAAAUCCUCCGCUCUCUCCGAAUACAGCCGCUUGCUCUGCUAGCACUGUAGCCUUCCUGCUUGUCCAGCAGUGAAACACUUCCAAAUGAAAGGAAAUACGUCUGUGGAAAAACCCAAGCAGAGGUGGCAGAAAGAAAAAGCCACCUUGGGGAUUUUGACAGGGAACGUGAAACGUUUGGUGAUGCCUGGCAGCCGUAUUCCUGGAAAUUGCAGUAAAGUUCUCGGGGGGGGGGGGCUGUACGCCAUGCACGUCAACAAUGGGAGACGAGAGUGAAGCGGUUGUGUGGGCAUGUUUAAACAUGAUGGGAUCACGUUAGUAGGACCUGUGUGACCGAUGCCAUGUCACGUCAUGAGAAAUACUUCAAUACAGUAUAUGUACUUAGCAUUGGCUAUUAUACACUGUAGUCAGUGUAGUAUUUUCCACAGGACUUCAAUCUAUGGCAUCGGCAUCAUUGCCUAACUUUUAUAAUUAUCCAUGACUUAUUUGCAUGUUUUAGGAAUGUUUUUCAUUAAGCGUUAAGACAGGUGUCCAAAGUUUGUCCCGUGGGCCAUUUAUGUCCCAUCUUAAAAAAAAAAAUAGUACAAAUAGAAAAAAAGCAGUGAUUUUACAAAUAAACAUGGGUCAGUUUAAUUUUUUUUUUUUAAGUGGUCCCCUCAUCCUUUGAUUUUUGGUUGGGAAAAAUCCCUGCAUUAAGAUUUCGCACUUUGUUCUGCGGUUUUUGAACGCACCACAGUACAGUUUUGAGAGACAUGUUCAAGCUACCGAACACACACAUCUAUACCUUUGCCUCUCCACCGGUUAAAACAACAGAAAUAGAAACACGUAGAAAGCUCACCGCCACGCAGCGCUUCAAUGCACACGCCGCCAUCUUGUGUAGCACAAUUUGGCAGCAGUUUAUAAGUAUACAUAGGUAGUUUACAGCCGCACAGUCGAACAAUUUCAUGCCUUAUUGUGUCCAGAAUUUCAGAAACCAUGAGUAAAAACAUUGAAAGUCGCUAACGAACAAGUUUGUGCUACACAAGAUGGCGGACUCACGGCGAUAAAAGCCUCAUGAGUUUUCUACAUAAUGUAGUUCUGUGGUUAAAACAGAAUAGUCUACAAAACUGAUAUACGUUUCUAGUUCCCUUUUUUUAUUUUUAAUAUUUCAAAGUGUCUAAUAAUUGGCUAAUAAAUACAGUGAC